GCCAGACUUUUGGGGUGUUCCGUCCGGAGUGAUUGUUCCCCCCGCCUUUUCUACCUCCUAUCUUCUCGUCAUCAUGGCGAAGGCACGUACCAAGAAGCGCACUCAUCUGCGCGCGCAAAAUGCCUCGGCCGCUGCUGCCAAAGCCAGCGCCCCAUCGACCAGCAAGACUCCGAAGUCGAUGGUCAUUCGCGUUGGCGGUUCACAGGUCGGUUCCAGCGUGAGCCAGCUGGUCAAGGAUGUUCGGACGAUGCUGGAGCCCGACACGGCUGUCAGACUGAAGGAGCGCAAAUCCAACAGACUGCGCGACUACACAGCCAUGACUGGUCCUCUCGGGGUUACACAUCUCCUCCUCUUUUCCAAGUCGGCGACAGGAAACACGAAUUUGCGAAUGGCGCUCACGCCCAGAGGCCCGACCCUGAACUUCCAGGUGGAAAACUACUCUCUAUGCCGUGAUGUUGAAAAAGCAUUGAAGCGGCCGAGAGGUGGUGGCCAGGACCACAAGACGCCUCCCUUGUUGGUGAUGAACAACUUCAACUCCCCCAACGCCACCGAGGACUCCAAGGUGCCCAAGCGCCUGGAGAGCCUUACGACGACCAUGUUCCAAUCCCUCUUCCCCCCCAUCAACCCCCAAGCCACCCCUCUCACCUCCAUUCGCCGUGUGAUGCUCCUCAACCGUGAACCCUCGGGCGAGGAUGACGAUUCAUAUGUUUUGAACCUCCGCCAUUACGCCAUCACCACGAAACGGACCGGCGUUUCGAAACGUAUCCGCCGUCUCGACCCGAAGGAAGUCCGCACCAGGGAGAAGUCGGGAGCCGCUGUGCCCAAUCUCGGAAAGCUGGAGGAUGCGGCCGAUUAUCUGCUGGAUCCAUCCGCCGCUGGAUAUACUUCCGCGAGUGAAACGGAGCUGGACACGGAUGCCGAGGUCGAGAUUGCGGAGAGCACCACGAGAAAGGUCCUGACCAAGCGUGAAAUGCAGCGCAUGAAGGCUGGCGAGCAGGAAAAAGCGCAGAAAAAGCUGAACAACGGCCCGGGAGUCGAGAAACGGGCGGUCAAGCUGGUCGAGCUGGGUCCUCGUCUGAAGCUCCGUCUGUUGAAGGUGGAGGAAGGACUCUGUGAAGGCCGGGUGAUGUGGCACGACUUUAUCAACAAGUCCGAGGAGGAGGCCAGGAAGCUGGACAAGAACUGGGACAAGAAGAAGAAGCUCAAGGAAGAGAGAAAGAAGCAGCAAAGGGAGAACAUCGAGAAGAAGAAGCAGGAGAAGGCCAAGGCCAAGGCCGAAGGCAAGGAGGUUGCCGAUGAGGAGGAUGAGGACGAUGUUGAUAUGGACGAUGACGACUGGCUCAGUGACGACUUUGGCGAUGAGGACAAUGCCGAGGGUGAUGCGGAUGACUUGUCGGAGGACGAGGACGAGGACGAAUCUAUGGAGGAGUAAACGGGCUGCAAGCGCAGCAUCUUGAACGCGUUUCGCACCGAGCAGUCCGCUUCUCCCCCAAACAGCCAAACCAACAUGGCACAGCCUCAACUGCUUCCGUCAUCAUCCAGAGCAUCGGGCUUAUGUGUGAAACUAAAAAGGAUGGAGUCUGACUCCGUCCAUCGUGAUGAUUCCUGGGAUGGCGUAUGGCUCAGUCUUCUGAACUAUCGGCUUUGGAGUUGGGAGGGCCGUGGAUGACAAGGACUGAGUUGCUCACAAGACUUGAUGGGACGCUGCGAGUCAAGACCAGAAGCCACUCGCAGGGGUCUCCAUCCGCUGGUUAACUAUACACCCAUAUAUAUGUUUAGUCAGGAGGACCAAAUAUACCCAUUAUCUCUGGCUACUCAUUGUUCUAUGCAAU